UGCACGUUGUCAGCGGCGUAUCGCCUGUUCUCCUCCGUAAAUAAUGGAUUUUAUGAUACCUAAUGGUUACCUCUGUAGAACAACAUAACGCGCUGAAAUAAAACUGAAGGAUCUUUUUUUUGUUUUGCGCUUUAAUCGUAAAUCCUUGACAGCUAUCCACGAAAACUAGGAAGAAAUGGAAAAGGAGCAAUUCUCCAAGCAGUAUGGGUCUUUGGAAUGCACAAAAUGGAAUGCUGAGACGGCAAAAGCAGUUGAAGAGGACGUCGUCUCAAUGGCAGACUCUACCAUCACGAUAGAUGACAUCGAAGGGGAGCUUUUCAAGAUUGAGCGGAUAAGGGACGUCCUGGUCAGGAGGGAGUCGGAGCUGAGAUACAUGAUGGAUGACAUCCAGCUUUGUAAAGAGAUAACACGGCUCAAAAAGGAGCUGCAGAAACUGGUUUCUAUUCCAGAUAAAGACAAGUCCAACGAUGACAAGCAGAAGGAGGAGGAGCUGCUGCAGCAGAUCCACAAGCUGGUGGAGACCAGGGACUUCCUGGUAGAUGAUGUGGAGUUUGAAAGACUGAGGGAAAAAGAAGAAGACAAAGAGAUGGCAGAAUUCUUGCAGUCCAAGUUUCCCAAAAACCUGAAGCAAAAAAGUCCCUCUCAGGGCAGAAGGAUGACCUCCAGAGGCCAGCAGACCUCCUCUCCUUUUGUCGCCAAAACCGGGCUCACCCUCCUGAAAGAGUGCUGUGGGUUCACCUGCUCCAUCAUGUAGGGCGCCCCCUGGUGGGCGUCGCUGUGUGUGGGUGGAGCUGAAAGAUUGGUGUCUUUGGGUGUAGCAGUGGAGUGUGGCAGUUUUGCUGGAAGUGAAAGCUUUCUUGAAGCCAGAAAUUCUGCAGUGCAUGGUGAUUUCCUGAGGAGGGCGCCGUGGAAGGUUCGGAAUGUAGAAUGUUCUGUGUGUUUCCUGGUUCGCAUCCCGGCCGCGUGCUCCGCCGUCUGUCUUUACUUCAGAUCUGUGCUUCUCAUUGGCCCGCUGUCAAGCUGUGCUCCUGCUCGGGUUUUGGCUGGGUGUCAAACCUGCACCUCCAGCGCUCAUCUCCCACGGGGGAAGUGCUACGCAGUUCCAUCGUUACAUCAUCCCCUCAUUACGCCUUCUCAUUCAUCAUCGUUAGAGCCCGCU